UUUUAAUUACGAUUAUAAUCUUUUCUACCAAUCUGGAACAUUCUUCUCUGGGUUCGAAUCAAGUUCUACAGUAUCCGCAUUCACUCUUAUGGAACUGGCGAAGAAUAAGGCAUAUCAGGACCGCGCCAGAGCAGGCAUCAAAAGGGCCAUCGACAAAUAUGGAUGGACCAUCGAGGCCUUCAACGACAUGAAGUACUUGGACCAGUGCAUCGCCGAGGGAGUCAGGCUUCAUCCACCAGUCUCUACCAUCGACCGAUACACACACAGAGAUUGCAAAAUUUCUAACACGGAUGUCGUUAUUGAGAAGGGAACUCCUAUUUACAUUUCCCUGUACGGCUUGCACGGAGACCACGAUCACUUCGACCAGCCCGAGGUGUACGAUCCUGAACGGUUCACCGACGACAGACUUGUAUCCAAGGCUUACUUACCGUUCGGUCUUGGACCAAGGAAAUGUGUUUAUAACAAGUUCUGAUUUCAAAAAAUUAUA